AUGGCCAUCUCGUACGAGCCAAGUCCUGCAUUCAUCAUCCCGACCGUGGAUCUGACAGCAUAUCUAAACGACCCAGGCUCGCCUGAGGCUGACCAGAUCGUGGACCGGAUCCGAAGCGCAUGUGCCACGAGUGGCUUCUUCCAGAUCACAGGCCACGGCGUCUCGCGAUCCCUCCAGGAGCGGGCGUUUGCCGCAGCGAAGAAACUGUUUGCUCUCCCUGACGACGUCAAGCGCACGUUGACCGGCGUUCCUGGGCGGGGAUACGAAGUGCUUGGGUCGCAAGUUUUGGAGGAGGGAAAGAAACCCGAUUUGAAAGAGGGGUAUUUUGUCGGCCGUGAAAUCCCCGGAAACAAGGCUCCUUUUCGUCGCUUUCAAGAGGCCAACAUCUGGCCGGACCCGACUCUGCUACCGGAAAGCGACUUCAAGGACCCUUUGCUAGAGUACCACGAGAAGCUGUCGGAGCUCUCAUUCCACGUCACGAGCAUCCUGUUUCGCGGGCUUUCUCUUUCCCAAUUCGACACGAGCCUUUUUGCCGACUUUUGCAAAGACCCCAUCGCCACCGUGCGGCUGCUUCAUUACCCUCCACACCCGCCAUUAGCGGAUCCCAAUCUCGUCGGGGCCGGUGCGCACACUGAUUUCGGUGCCCUCACGCUCCUGCUGCAGGACGGACAUUCGGGGCUUCAGGUGUUGAAAAGGACCCCCGACCAACAGGACCAGUGGAUCGACGUCCCGCCCCAGAAGGACGCCUACGUGGUCAACAUCGGCGAUUUUCUCGAGUCCUGGACCGGCGGCGCCUACAAGAGCAACGUCCACCGCGUCAUCAACACGAGUGGCACGGACAGGUAUUCUAUUCCGUUCUUCUGGGAUGGAAAUGCGGAUUGUGUCAUCAAGCCCCUCGACGGGUCGACGGGGAAAGAAUACACGGUGGAGGAACACAUGCUCUCGAGAUAUGCCAAAAGUUUUGCCUAG